CAUUCAACGCUACUGCGUUCAUCCACGAUCCGCCCAAGCAAGGAGACGGCCAGCGAUGAACAACGAACAAUUCCGGCGCCUGGUCUCCUCCAGUACCCCAAAAGAUGGCGGUAAGGCUUCGGCAGGUGCCUCUGCCUCACCAACUACUGUCACGGCUCUGGGUUCCCGGCAGCGUUCCAGCAUACCCAUGACUCCUCGUUCCGUUGCGGGGAUCGGAAAGAGUGAUUUUGCGCGACAGCUCGCUGAACGACAGCGUGGUGAACAUGGCAAGCCAGGUGACAAAAAGUCGAGAUCCUACGAUCCAAGAGGAGUCAAACUGGCAUCUGGCUAUACGGAUCGAGCGCAAGCGCGUCACGCCACCACAAAUUCCGAAGACGACGAUCGAGAGCAAAGACUCAGAGCCUUGGAAGAAUCCUUGAGGAAGGAGGAAAUUGAUCAACAAACUUUUGAGAAACUGAGGGCGCAGAUCGCAGGUGGAGAUCUCUCGAGCACCCAUCUAGUGAAAGGGUUGGACUUUGAGCUGCUGGAGAGAGUUCGUCGGGGCGAAGAUGUGUGGGAGGCACCGAAGAAAGAAGACACCGCAGAGCAGCCGCCUAGCGAGAACGUCGAUGACGCCUUUGAGGAAUUAGAGCAGUCGGCAAUAUCAGCAGUCGCUCGAGAAAAAGCCUCGAAAAAGGGACAAGUGGCUGCGGCUCGCCCUGGAGGCAAACGAACACGCGAUCAGCUGUUGGCUGAGAUGAAAGCGGCUAGAGAAGCCAAGGCGAAAGAAAGCAUACUUGGCACAAAAUUCAGAAAGUUUGGCGCCAAGACUCCGGGGUCGAGAAUCGAGCGCGACAGCCAGGGGCGGGAGGUGCUGAUUAUAGUCGACGAAGACGGCAAUGAGAAGCGAAAAGUACGAAAGUUGCAAGUCACAGAGGCUGCCGAAGAGAACACAGCAGGGAGGCCCAAGGAUAUAUUGAUGCCCGACAAGGACGCAAAGCCCCUGGGGAUGGAAGUCCCGGAGUACUAUAAACAAAAGUUGGCCGAAGCUCAAGCAAAGGAGGAGGAAGAAGAAGACGACGACAUUUUCGCCGGAGUAGGUGACGACUAUGACCCUCUCGCAGAUUUGGGUAGCGAUUCAGACGACGACGAAAGUGAGAAUCCUGAAAAGACAGGGGACGAGCCGACCAAGGGCGAUGCAAUGGGGCCGCCACCGGUACCUGUAUCUACUACAGCCUCUCGGAACUACUUCAAGGACUCGAAGACGGCACUGGUCUCUGAAGAGAAGCUCAAAGCACCAUCUAUGUCGGAUCCGGCGAUUCAAGCAGCACUGAAGAAAGCAGCAGCGAUGAAUCCAAUGAGGGCAGCGGGAGAUGGCGAGAAUGAUGAAGAGGCUCGCGCCAGAGAAGAGCGGCACCGUAAGAUGCUGCAGAAUAACGACCGUGAUGCCGAAGACAUGGACAUGGGCUUUGGCACGAGCCGAUUUGAGGAUGAGGCGGACUUUGACGACACGACCAAGGUCAAGCUGUCUAAAUGGUCCGGAGGCAAUGGGGAUGACGGCGAGGACGAUGAGGGGCACGGCGGCGGCAAAGGAGGGGGCUCCAAACGCAAGCGAGGUCCCAGGAAGCGGAAAGGCGAUGCGAACAAUGCUGCGGACGUAAUGCGACUCGUAGAGAAGCGAAGAGCGGAGCAGUAGGUGCUCAGGGCUGAGCACUACUACACAAGCGACCAAAUGAUACCCCAGACCAUUCCAGCCACUCGAGUGGAUGUUGUCGAUGCCUCCAGGUGAAUCCGGGUGCAGUAGCCGCCGGGACCAGCUCUAUUGUGAACAUGAUGUCGAAGAAUGGUCCGCCUGUUGCAUUCGGGCUGGCAUCC